AUGGAUAAGCUGUUAGAAUUUGUUGCGGGGAUAUUCCCGGGCUUUGUUGCACUGCUAUGCCGAAACUUGGAGGAAAACACACUGUCUCUUCAAAGAAAAAUACGAUCACUGGAACGUCGAAAAGAUGAUGUGCACGAAAACUUACAAAAUGCAGCAUGUCAUUCUGGAAAAAAACGCAAGAGAGAGGUUGAUGGUUGGAUGAAUGAUGUUGAAAACAUUAUAAAUGAUUUUGGAACCUUGGAACAAGGAGUACAACAAAGCAGCAGAUUUUAUCAUGUUUUCAAACGACAAAAGUUGGCUGAACGGCUUGUAAGAAUGACGGAGGAAGUGACGGAUCUUGUUGCCCGAGGUGAAUUUCCUAGCGGGCUUUAUCUUGAUGUUGAUGAGAGAAAUUACCCGUUAUCGUUGAUACCCCAACCGACUGGCCAAGCAUUUCAACAAAAUGUAGAUGACAUUUCGACAUCAUUAAAGGAUGACAAUGCCGUAAGCAUUGGCAUUUACGGAAUGGGGGGAGUAGGCAAGACGACUCUGGCAAGGCAUGUCCAUGAUAAGCUCUUGAUGGAAUCCACGUUCUCGGGUCAUGUUUAUUGGGUCACCGUCUCUCAAGAGUUCAGCAUUUCCAAAUUGCAAAGUGACAUUGCCCAAUUACUGAAACUAAAUAUAACAGAUGAGAAUGAUGAGGGGAGAAGUGCUGCUAAACUCUUCUGGGAAUUCCAGAAAAUGGAGAGAUUUGUGCUUAUACUGGAUGAUGUUUGGAAACAAAUUGAUGCACAGAAGAUAGGCAUUCCUUCUAAAAAGGAUGGAUGCAAGUUGGUCAUAACAAGUCGAUCGGAAGAAGUUUGUCAUAGUAUGUGCUGCAAAAAGAUUACAAAAGUGAACACACUUUCCGAGCAAGAAGCUUUGAACCUAUUCUUGAAGACACUUGAACGUGUUGACCUAUCUGUGGAAGUGCGAGAGAUUUGCGAGAAAAUGGUAAAAAGAUGUGAUGGUUUGCCACUUGCACUCAUCACAUUGGCUGGAAGCAUGAGAAGCGUGAUUGACAUUCAUGAAUGGAAAGAUGCAUUGGAAGGACUUAAAGAGUCAUGUUUGGGACGAGCUGACAUGGAAGAUAAGGUUUUACCAAUUCUCCGGUAUAGUUAUGAUCGGUUGAGAGAUGAAAGGCUAAAAAGUUGUUUUUUGUAUUGCUCCUUGUAUCCUGAAGAUUGGCGUAUUUCAAGAGAAGAAUUGAUUAGAUAUUUCAUUUCAGAAGAGCUGAUGGAGCGAAGAUUAAGCUGGGAAGCUGAAGUCAACCAAGGUCGUACAAUACUAAAUCAAUUGGUAAGAGCAUGCUUAUCGGAUGGUAUAUAUGGGGAGCUGAAGAUGCAUGAUUUAAUCAGAGAGAUGGCAAUACAGAUCACUAAAGAAAAACCGAGGUUCAUGGUAAAAGCCGGACUUCACUUGAAGGAAUUACCAGAGGAGCAAGAGUGGACAGAAGAUUUGGAUAAGGUUUCCUUGAUGUGCAACAGUAUAGAGGAAAUCUCACCUGGCACGUCUCCCAAGUGUCCAAGUCUUUCCACCUUGAUCUUGGGAAGAAAUCCUCUGCGGUCGAUUCCAGAUUGUUUCUUUACGCAUAUGUGUGGGUUACGCACUCUCGAUUUAUGUUAUACUUGUAUUGCGUGCUUGCCAAAUUCCAUAUCAGACUUGGAGAAACUUAAUGCAUUAUUGCUCAACGGUUGUAGGCAACUUGACUCAGUGCCAUCAUUGGAAAAGCUCAAGGUAUUGAGACAUUUGGACCUCACAGAUACUAUUAUUGAAGAAAUACCCCAAGGUAUGGAAAGCUUAACCAACCUCAAACGCCUAUCUUUGAUAUCUGAAAGAUUAAAGAUGAUACCGACGGGAGCUUUGAAUAGACUCACACGUCUUCAGCAGUUGGAGUUGCCAUAUCAUUUAGAAGUACCAAUAGAAGAAGUUGAGGCAUUGAAACAGUUGGAACUACUUCGAGUCGGGUUAAAUAGCGUACGUGAUCUCAAUCAGUUAAUCAACUCACGACAAAGGGACAAGCAAUUCCUUUUCUACGAUAUUACAAUACGUUCUCCAGAAAUCCGCUCACUCUAUUCCUAUUCACCUUUCUCAUGUAAACGUUUACAUUUUAGCAAAGAGAGUCUCAUGGAAUCCUCUCUAGACACGGAUGAGAAUAUGCUGCCACGAGAUAUUGAGGGUUUAUACUUUGCGGGCAGUGGCUUGAGGGGUUGCUUAUUAGACGAAUUUCCAAUUCCGAAUUCUGCUAGAGUAUGCGAAAUAAAUUAUGAGGAUAAAAUAGAGUGCAUUAUGAGGUUAGAGGAAGAAUUUAGUUGGGUCCCUUUCCAAAGCCUUGAAAGGUUGGAACUGGGCGACUUGCCAAAUUUAAUUGGUCUCUUCAAGUGGGAAGCAGUUGUACCUCUUCCACCUGGCACAUUUUCCUGUCUCGAACAUUUGACUAUUCAUGGUUGUGGUAAAAUCAAGAAGCUUUUCCCUCAGAGUUUGGUACGCAAUUUCCAUAACCUCCAAACUUUGAGUGUCUUUGAUUGUGUACAAAUGGAGGAGAUAAUAGAAGAUGACAACAAUGAAGGAGCUGAUAUCACAUUGCCAAUGUUAAGGGAAUUGGCUUUGAAGGAUCUGCCACAACUAAAGAGCAUAUGCAAAGGAAAGAUGAUUUGUGAUUGCAUUAAUGAAAUUUAUUUGGGGGGAAUUAAAAAAAUAAAGAAAUUGCCUUUAUAUUUACCGUUUGUCAAUGGAGAGCUAUCUCCUCCCCUGAUCCGGAUAAAAGAAGGAGAAAAAGAAUGGUGGGAAUCAUUGGAGUGGCCAAAUCACAAUGCCAGCAAUGUCCUUCAACCAUUAGUUAAUACCGUUUGUCCAUGGAGAGUUGAAUAUUUUGAAGUCUGUUGA